UGCGUUCCGUCCUGCGAGGGAGAGACAGUGGGAGUGAAGCAUUUCCCAAAGGAAUCUCUGAGUUUACGCGGUGCUGAGAAGCAAAAGUUCCCGGACCUGCAGAAGUUGGCACCCUCGUUGUCAGUGCAAGACAUUCCCAGAGUUUGUGCUCCUCAGCAGAUGGAAAGUGGUUCCAGAAACAAGAAGCUGCUGCUCACAGCACAGAUUUUGUGACUGUUCGUUGCAUCUCUUGUGCCGUGUCUGUCACUGGUGUUUAUUCCAUCUCUGAACAGGUUGCACUUUAUUCAUGCUUAAUAACUGCAGUGAAAUGUAAGACAGCUGAAUACCAGGACCGCAGCCCAGCUGGUGCUUGAAGACCUGACUUUAUUCCUUCCAGUAUUAAAGGCCAGAUUGCUGCUAAAAUUGGAGAUAUUCCUCACUUGAAUAAUUCCACAACACUUGUGGACCCAUCAGUCUACGGUUAUGGAGUGCAGAAACGGCCCCUGGAUGAUGGAGGUCUCCGUGUAAGUGGGCUUCAUGGAGCACAGAUAAGAGACGCAGAGAGAAUAGGUAACCAGUUAGGGGCCCUGGUACAUCAAAGGGCUGUAAUAACAGAAGAGUUCAAAGUGCCUGAUAAAAUGGUUGGAUUUAUAAUCGGCAGGGGAGGAGAACAGAUCUCACGGAUUCAGGCAGAGUCUGGCUGCAAAAUUCAGAUUGCUCCAGACAGUGGUGGGAUGCCUGAGAGGCCCUGUGUACUCACCGGGACACCAGAGAGCAUUGAACAAGCAAAACGGCUACUGGGGCAGAUUGUAGAUCGCUGUCGGAACGGACCUGGUUUUCACAACGAUGUUGAUGGCAACAGUACGAUUCAGGAGAUUUUGAUCCCGGCAUCCAAAGUGGGUCUAGUCAUCGGCAAAGGAGGUGAAACAAUAAAACAGUUGCAGGAGCGAACAGGUGUGAAAAUGAUCAUGAUCCAAGACGGUCCAUUGCCUACUGGAGCAGAUAAACCUCUCCGUAUUACUGGAGAUGCAUUUAAAGUACAGCAAGCGAGGGAAAUGGUACUGGAGAUCAUCCGAGAGAAAGAUCAGGCAGACUUCCGAGGCGUACGCAAUGAUUUCAGUUCUAGAAUGGGAGGAGGCAGCAUAGAGGUCUCUGUGCCCAGGUUUGCUGUUGGAAUUGUGAUAGGAAGAAAUGGCGAAAUGAUCAAAAAGAUUCAGAAUGAUGCUGGAGUUAGGAUUCAAUUUAAACCAGAUGAUGGGAUUAGUUCUGAAAGAGUCGCACAGGUCAUGGGGCUUCCUGAUAGGUGUCAACACGCAGCACACAUCAUCAGUGAGCUCAUUCUCACGGCACAGGAAAGAGAUGGCUUUGGAAGCUUGGCUGUUGCCCGAGGAAGAGGUCGUGGCCGUGGUGACUGGAGUGUUGGGACACCUGGAGGCAUGCAGGAGAUAACCUACACCGUGCCAGCUGACAAGUGUGGUCUCGUUAUAGGCAAAGGUGGUGAGAACAUCAAGAGCAUAAAUCAGCAGUCGGGAGCCCACGUGGAGCUGCAGAGAAACCCACCUCCAAACACAGAUCCUGGUGUACGAAUAUUCACAAUCAGAGGAGUUCCCCAGCAAAUUGAGCUCGCUAGACAUCUCAUAGAUGAGAAAGUUGGUGGUACCAGCAUGGGUGGACCUGGAGGAUUUGGUCAAAGUCCGUUCAGCCAAGCACCCGCUACACCUCAUCAAAAUGGUCCUCAGGCGUUCAUGACGCAGGGUUGGGGCAGUACCUACCAGACGUGGCAGCAGCCUGGACAGCAAGUCCCAAGUCAUGCUGCCAGUGCUGCUUCUCAGGCAAGUUCCCAGCCGGACUACACAAUGGCUUGGGCAGAGUAUUACAGACAGCAAGCUGCUUACUAUGGGCAGACACUAGGGCAGGCUCAGGCCCACAGCCAGGAGCAGUAGAACAAGGUCCUCGUGGCAAUUUUAUUUGGGGGUUGUUUUUUGUUUUGUUUUCUUUUUCCUUGGAAUCAUUGUGGAAGAAAAACCUUUUUGUAACAGAGGUUUCUAGAUUUGCAGCCUUUUGAUGAAGACUUUUCCGUCUGUGAAACACUAGUGGUAGGAUAACCUAUACUGAACUUCGCUAAGGAAUCAGGAGCAAUUUAGUCACGUACUAAACUCAUGGACGCGCUGGUCAUUUUUGUUUCCAAAUUUGUUUUAAAGAGAGAAAUCAUGAGAAUCAAUAAUAAUAAUAAUAAUAAACCUCCGGGAUCCUUUUUGGAGAGAAGCCAGAGAAUUUGCCGGCACCAAAACGCACCCCAGAGCUGUGACAUUUCAACACGUUGGGUUAUUUUUGUGUGUGUGUGCUCUUAUUUUGGGGGGGGGGGGUAUUUCCCCCUCUUCCUUUUUCAUUCUCAAUCUUUUCUGUUCUGACAGAAAGUGGCUUGGAAGUCUUAGGUGGUAUGUAACAAAUCCUAAAAAAAAAAAACAGGAAAAAAGAAAAAAAAAAAAGAGAAAAAAAAAAGGUUUUAAACAGUAUUUAAAUAUUCUUAAAUAUGUAAAUUCCUGAAAUGUUUUACUUCUAAUUCCAUGUUCUUUGGCUGUCUUUUUGAUUUUUAUUGCAUUAUUUUUUAAGGACUAUGUAUUGUAAUUAAUGAUGUGAAUUCUGUAUUGAGACAGGGACCGUUUCGCUGUCAGGCAAGUGAGGGGCUGGGAAGGGGGGGGGGUACCCACACGUUUUGUAGGGUUUGUAUAAUUUCUAAGAGUCUAAAGGGGUAAUAUAAAGCGGUGUUGAUUUUGUAGCAGUCCCGUUCCUCCCUCCCGUUGCAUUUCUGGAUCUAAGACCUCCAAGCUUGGUUUAAAAAAUAAUAAUAAUAA